AGGAAAUUGAAUAAGAUGACCGAACUUGACCAACAUCCACAACAGCCUGAGCAGCUUCAAGAAAUGGAAACAAAUUUGGAAGAUGUUGCUAAGGCCUAUCUGGAAGUGCGGCAACGUAAGGAGGGACCACUGGCGGCACCACUAGAUGCCAAAAUUGCUGCUAUGCUACCAAAAGAUAUGACAUUAAACAGUGAUGAAAAAGAUAAGGAUAAAGGGAAAGAAAAGGAUAAAGAUGGAGAUAAAAAGGAUCGUCGUAGCCGUGAUCGAAGCCGUGACAAAAGUAAAAGUAGAGACCGCGAAAGACGACGCCGAACCAAAAGCCGAAGCAAAGACCGUGAUCGACGGAAAUCGCGAUCACGGGAGCGACGACAUCAUCAUCGUGAUCGGAGCCGAAGUCGCAGUCGCAAGGAGCGUACACCUGAGAAACCGAAGAAGAAGUAUAAGUUCUGGGAUGUACCACCAGUUGGUUAUGAACAUUUGACGCCAAAGGAAUACAAGGAGCUACAAGCUGCGGGUCAGAUACCACGGAAUAAUGUUCAGUCGGCAGUACCCGUUGUUGGACCAUCGGUGACUUGCCAGUCACGACGUCUUUAUGUUGGUAAUAUACCGUUUGGUUGUAGUGAAGACGCGAUGUUGGACUUUUUCAAUCAGCAGAUGCAUCUCUGUGGUCUAGCUCAAGCACCGGGCAACCCAGUCUUAGCAUGCCAGAUGAAUCUUGACAAGAAUUUCGCUUUUAUUGAAUUUCGAUCGAUCGAUGAGACAACAGCUGGUAUGGCAUUCGACGGAAUCAACUUUAUGGGACAGCAGCUCAAAAUACGAAGACCACGGGAUUAUCAACCAAUGAGUACCAGUUAUGAUUUGGGCAAUAUGAUGGUGUCCAAUAUCGUACCGGAUAGUCCACAUAAAAUAUUUAUCGGAGGUCUGCCAAGUUAUCUCAAUGCUGAGCAGGUGAAAGAACUUCUAUCUUCUUUCGGGCAGUUGAAGGCGUUUAAUUUAGUGACUGAACAGUCUACCGGUGUUUCGAAAGGCUAUGCAUUUGCAGAGUAUUUGGAUCCUUCUUUAACAGAUCAGGCGAUCGCAGGUUUAAAUGGUAUGCAGCUUGGCGACAAAAAUCUUGUUGUGCAGCUUUCUUGUGCUAACGCUAGAAACAAUGUUGCACAGAAUACGUUCCCACAGAUCCAGGUGGCGGGCAUAGACUUAUCUCACGGUGCUGGACCACCAACUGAAGUGCUCUGUUUAAUGAAUAUGGUCACCGAAGACGAAUUGAAGGAUGAUGAAGAGUAUGAAGAUAUCCUGGAAGAUAUUCGGGAGGAGUGUGCUAAGUACGGUAUUGUGAAAUCGCUAGAAAUACCACGUUCAGUUCCAGGAGUGGACGUUACUGGUGUUGGAAAAGUUUUUGUGGAAUUUAACAGCAAGCAAGAAUGUCAGAAGGCACAGGCGGCACUUACGGGACGUAAAUUUGCAAACCGAACAGUGGUAACCAGUUAUUAUGACCCAGAUAUGUAUCACCGGCGACAGUUUUAAGUUUUAUUUACUCGCAUUGUUUCCUUUGUUGUUUAAUUCUUCGCGAAGUUUAUGUAUUUUUUGGUCCCAAGUUUUUCUUGUGAAGCUUCCUUUUGUGUUUGUAUAAAAUAUUUCCCUUCUCAGAGUCCAUAGAUCUUAGUUUUAAAUAUUUGGGAAGUUCUCCGGAAAAUGGAUUGGUUUUUCGGGAAUGGCGCCAUAAACCUUAACGUCAUGAUUUUGACUAUUGUCUUUCCCACAUCUAGAACCAUCCCAACUUUUCGAUGGAGUUCCAUUGUACACUGACUUUGCAUUGCACGAUUUCCUAAAAAUGCUAUUUACACUUUAUUUCGGAAACUAUUCAUGCGAAAAACUCAUUAUAAAACAGAUUGUGAAUUCAUCUGUCGUUCAAGUUGCACUUUAUAUAAUUUUGCCGUUCGACUUCAACUAUGUAUCAUCACUUUUUUUAAUGCAUUGUCAUUUUUAUUAUGGACCGAAUUUAAGACAUAUUUAUGGUCAAGUUUCAGAAGGAAUUGUUUCAUGGAUUUGCAUAGUAUGAAGAAUAACUUUGGUUUAACAUUGAGUUUGUUUUUCAGAGUAAUGUUUACAGAAUUCUAACGCAUUCUUAUUGUACGUAUCAACGUCUUUGAUAUAUAGUUCAGCUAAAUCGGGACGAAGUACACAACCAAGCUGUGGCGAGCAGAGUAAUUCUGCGAGUGCCGUCA